AGCUAUAAAUGGCCGAGAGGGGUGUUUGAGGACUGAUGUAGCUCAGUGUCGUGUCGUUAGGACAGAGACAGGAGAAUGAUCAGACCUACAGCUACAACAUUCAGCUUAGUGCUACUGCUGUACUGCUCUCUGUCUCACAGUCUCACACAGUUCAACACUGUGACUGGAAGGAUACCUGAUGACCAACAGGAGACGACUUCCUGGAGGUUCAGGAACCUAACAUCUGUUCCUGAGGGGCUGGACGUGAGGCUGAGGGAGCUGGAUCUGUCCAACAACGUUAUAAGACAUAUAAACAGCCAGAGUCUGGCUCUUCCAUCCCUACUGAGACUGGACCUCCGCUACAACCAGCUAGAGAUCAUAUCUGAAGGGGCUUUCAGAGAUGUGGCCCAGCUUCAAGAGCUGAACUUGGCCAGGAAUGCAUUGAGCCACAAUGUGGACAGUACCAGCCGAGCUCUUGGGUCUCUCCACAGACUGAGGAGGUUGGAUCUCUCUCUGAACGGUCUGGAUGAUGACGCGGCGGGACUUUACCUUCGUGACAAAUCAAUUCUAGAACGCCUAGAUCUCACGGGCAACGGUUUGACUCGACUCACGCCCAAGCUGUUUGCAGAGAGCCUGAGCGUGAGAAGCAUUCGCAUCGAGAACAAUCUGAUCACGGCAAUAGAGGAGGGAACGUUUGAACCGUUGAAGAAACUCAAGAUCUUAAAUUUAGCCAGAAAUAAUCUAGUCUACAUCUGUGAUUUUAAACUCCAUCAGGUGAAACUCUUGAAUCUUAGCAGGAAUUCCAUAGAGUUCUUUGUCACCCGUGAAGACGGUCACCCAUACGAGCUGGAGAUCUUAGAUCUGAGCUUCAACAACCUCCUCUAUUUCCCCAUGGUCCCCAAGACCAACCGGUUGAGAUACCUCCACCUACAGAGCAACAUGGUGGGGACCUUAGAGACAGACACCUUAAUAUCAGAGGCAGACUCUCUGUACAGAGAACUAACAAGUGAAGAUGAGGUAAAUGAUGCUGUAGACAACAACAACAUAUACUCUAACUGGAAACUGAUGCCGUUAGUUUACAUGGACCUCAGUAGUAACCACUUCAGGUCUCUACCUGUGGAGACUCUGAGCCAUCUGACGUCUUUGGUGACGCUGAACCUCAGCAAGAACUGUCUACAGGACAUCAGCGGCAACGGCCAUGUUGGAGGCUACCACCAACCUUCCUUGACCUUUCCGUCUCUACGCUACUUCGACCUGCAGAACAACGGUCUUCGACAACUCUCCACCUUCUUCCUGGAAGCCCUACCAAACAUAGAGACAUUAAACCUGAAGGAGAACUCUGUGAGGCCUUGUGAUCCAAAGGACCAACUGGGACCAUCUGAGACAACGAGAGUUAGUCUUAAUAGUAUGUCCCCUUGUGUUUCCUUCUGGAAUAUCAAAACUCUGAGAAGUCUAGAUCUCCAAGACAACGGGAUCAAAACACUCCAUCAGAACACAUUUAAAGGAACCCCUUUGGUUUCUCUCAACCUGGCCAGUAAUGUAGAUAUAAUCUUUGAUAUUGGCGCUCUAGAAGGGUUGCAGAGUAGUCUCCAGUCUCUGAGUAUCAGUGGGAACAGCAUGACAACCUCUGCCUUGUCUCUGCCUUGUCUGAAAGCAUUGAGACGACUCAACAUGUCCAACAACAGUGUAGACGUCCUCCCGGGCAUCAUCAGCUGUUCUCCUUUGACGGAGCUUGACCUGAGAAAUAACGGGCUAACGUCUAUGAAUGAAUCUGUGGUUGAUCGUUUGUCUCUAUAUCUUGAUGUGUUGUAUGUCAGUGGCAACUCUUUCAACUGCUGUGACACCAACUGGCUAAAAGCCCUAAACAAAGAGAAAGUGAAUAUUCCAGACCUUCACCAUGCUGUGUGCCUCAGUGUCAAUGGUACUCUGUUGACUGGCCUUCUGCGUAACCAUUCACUGCACUGUUCAUUGGAACUUAGCCCAAAGAUAACAGAACCAAACCUUGGGCAAAUAAUGAUAAUACUUUUGUUUGUGUCAACAGUAUUGAUAACAUUAGUUGUAUUUGUGAAGAAGGUUUGUUGCAACACGGGGUCAUUAAUUGUGUAAUGAUUGUGCAUGUAAAACCAAGAGCUGUGUUCCAAUACCCAUACUAACAUACUGUAUACUACAUACUUAAUGUGUAUAUACUACAUAUUAUUAGUUCAUGUUAGUAUACUGUAUAC